ACAAUAAAUCUACUAGCGCCACCAUAUUUUUUUGUUGCCCGACUAAACGGCGUUCGAGAAAAAAUUAAUCUAAUCUUGAGACAAAGUAUCGGUGCUUUACUCCGAAAGGCUGAUUAGCUCAGAGGAGGUUGUGCGAUGGAUUCCGCUAUUGAUAUCAGUUCAGAUAGUGAUGUAGAGAUACAAGAAACUAGAACCAGGCCUCAACUUCCACCACGGAAAGCUGAAGGAUCUCGAAGAAGGGACCCCUUUACGCUGAGACCGCAAUUUUUUAGUGGGAGGUCUUCUGCUGCAAAUGGCCACACGGAAACAGGACUUACAAAUCCCGCUUCACGUAAUGAUUUUGAAGCCAAGCCACUACCACGGGCAGAACACCGUACACAUUUUGCGGGAAAUGGGACUAUAGGAACUUCCAGAAUUCCCAAUAUUUCUGUUGGAGAUUAUGAGAAAUUUUCAUCUCAACAAGCUCUUAAAAGGACACACUCAACAGCCUUUAGUCGACCUCCUUUUCCUCCUAGACCUGAUAUUGGUACAAGUAAUGGGAAUGCGAGUCACUUUCGUGGGGAUUAUAGUAGUUCAGCUGUGUCGGCUGCAGGGAACAAGAGUAGCAUUGGUGAUCGUUAUGGUAGAGCACAUGAUGAGAUAGGCACGGGGCGUGUGACUAAUGGCACUCGGAUCCUACCUCCAUCUGUGGGGCAUGGAACAUCUGCGUCUCCUUCACAUUUUAAUGGUUUAAGUGAUCCAAUGCACAGGAAUGGCAUAGGUGAAGAAAGGCAUUCGGAAAAUGACGAGAGGCUGAUCUAUCAGGCUGCACUACAGGAACUGAAUCAACCCAAGUCCGAGGUCGAUUUACCUGCCGGUCUGCUUUCUGUUCCCCUUAUGAAGCAUCAGAAAAUUGCAUUGGCAUGGAUGUUUCAGAAGGAAACUAAUAGUUUGCACUGUAUGGGAGGGAUAUUAGCUGAUGAUCAGGGCCUUGGUAAGACAGUCUCGACUAUUGCUCUUAUCCUAAAGCAAAUGCACGAGGCAAAAUUAAAGUCCAAGAAUUCAGGCAAUCAAGAGGCUGAAGCAUUGGAUCUGGAUGCUGAUGAUGAGUCAGAAAAUGCAUUUGAGAAACCAGAGUCUAAGGUUUCAAAUGGUAGUGGGGUGAAUGGUAGUUCAGGCAUAAAGAAAGCCAAGGGAGAAGAAGCGAGUACUUCAACACGCAAAUUCAACAGGAAGCGACCAGCUGCUGGCACUUUAAUUGUUUGUCCAGCAAGUGUUGUGCGGCAGUGGGCAAGAGAACUUGAUGAGAAAGUUACUGAUGAAGCCAAACUUUCUGUUUUAAUAUACCACGGCGGUAACAGGACCAAAGAUCCUAUUGAACUAGCAAAAUAUGAUGUGGUAAUGACAACUUACGCUAUUGUUUCAAAUGAAGUUCCAAAGCAACCCUUGGUGGAUGACGAUGAGAAUGAUGAAAAAAAUUCUGAAAAAUACGGUCUCGCUUCUGGCUUCUCCAUCAAUAAGAAACGGAAAAAUGUAGUGGGUACUACUAAGAAAAGUAAGAAAAAAGGUAAGAAUAAUGCUGACGAUUCUUCGUCUGACCCUGACUCUGGUACUCUAGCAAAAGUUGGGUGGUUCAGAGUUGUACUAGAUGAAGCUCAAACAAUUAAGAAUCAUAGAACCCAGGUGGCAAGAGCAUGUUGCGGUCUUCGAGCCAAAAGGAGAUGGUGUUUGUCUGGAACACCGAUACAAAAUACAAUAGAUGAUUUAUACAGCUAUUUCAGGUUUCUGAAAUAUGAUCCAUACGCUGUGUACAAGUCAUUCUGCCACCAAAUUAAGGGUCCAAUUUCCAGAAAUUCCCUUCAUGGUUACAAGAAGCUUCAAGCUGUUCUAAGGGCUAUAAUGCUGCGCCGUACGAAAGGAACAUUGCUUGAUGGCCAGCCUAUAAUUAAUCUACCACCAAAGACAAUUAAUUUGAGCAAGGUGGACUUUUCGGUAGAGGAGCGGUCUUUCUACAUGAAGCUUGAAUCUGAUUCACGUUCUCAGUUUAAGGCAUAUGCUGCUGCAGGAACUUUGAAUCAAAACUAUGCAAACAUUCUUCUCAUGCUUUUGCGACUACGCCAAGCUUGUGACCACCCCCAACUUGUUAAAAGAUAUAACUCAGAUUCUGUCGGAAAAGUAUCAGAAGAAGCUGUUAAAAGGCUCCCUAAAGAGGCUCGAGUUAGCCUUCUCAGUCGCUUAGAAUCGUCUCCCAUCUGUUGUGUUUGCCAUGAUCCACCAGAAGACCCUGUUGUUACUUUGUGUGGCCAUAUAUUCUGCUAUCAGUGUGUAUCAGAUUAUAUCACAGGGGAUGAGGACACGUGCCCUGUGCCUAGAUGCAGAGAACAGCUUGCGCAUGAUGUUGUUUUCUCUAAAUCCACCCUUAGAAGUUGCAUUGCUGAUGAUUUGGGUUGUAGUUCUUCACAGGAUACAGGGCAUGACAAAGCAGUCUUUCAGAACAGCGAGUUUAGUUCAUCAAAGAUCAAAGCUGUCUUAGAUAUUCUGCAGUCGCUUUGUAACCAAGGCAGUCCAAACUCAACACAGAAUGGUCAAAUGGCUUCUUCCUCACAGCAGCCGUAUGAUGAUGAUGAUGAUGAUGUCACCAUUGUCGAGAAACCGAGUCUGCAGUCAACUCCUUCUAACCAAGGACCAAUAAAAACGAUUAUAUUUUCCCAGUGGACUGGUAUGCUUGACUUGGUCGAGCUAUCUCUAAUUGAAAAUAGUAUAGAAUUCAGAAGAUUAGAUGGUACAAUGAGUCUAAUUGCCAGAGACAGAGCAGUGAAAGAAUUCAGCAACGAUCCAGAUGUAAAAGUGAUGAUAAUGUCUUUAAAAGCUGGAAAUCUUGGGCUGAAUAUGAUUGCUGCAUGUCAUGUCAUUCUUCUUGAUCUUUGGUGGAAUCCAACUACUGAAGAUCAAGCUAUUGAUCGAGCACAUCGUAUUGGACAAACUCGACCAGUUACUGUAACUCGUAUUACGAUAAAAGAUACUGUCGAGGAUAGAAUUUUGUCUCUCCAGGAAGAGAAAAGAAAAAUGGUUGCGUCUGCCUUUGGUGAAGAUCAUGGUGGAAGCUCUGCAACUCGAUUAACCGUUGAUGAUCUCAAAUAUCUAUUCAUGGUGUAGACAACUCAUGGUAGAUGUUCUUAAAUCUACGGUUGGCGAAGUUUCGCUUCUUCCAGAAUUUUGAUCAUGAAGAGUUGUUGAGCUGCAUUUUUGUGUUCUUCAGGUUCACAGAUUUGAAAUGAGGAAAUAUGUAAAUAACAUGUGUUGCCAUAG